UUCGUCACAAAAAGAGAUAGUAGAUCAAGCAUUCAUCCAAUGCUUUGCAUGUUUUAAAGUUGGACGCAUCGCAAUCUACGCUUGCCAUUCUGAACUCAAUCUACAUAUACGACACGCUGUGAAAACUAUUCGUAACUCGGUUUGCAAGCUUAGCAUUACAAGGAAAUUUGUACCUGCAUCUUCUUUCUCUAAACUCUAAGCUAAAGUAUCAAAAGUUUAAUACCACAUGUUGCAAUAAUAUACAGCACUCGACGUCACGAAAUUACGAACUGUUUGGAUUACCUUCAGAAAAUAAUGCCGUGUCACGAAGUACGUAAAGCAUUAAUAUAUUCCGAACGAUGAACAAUUUCAAUGUAUCAGUAUCGUCGUUAAUACGUGAACCAAUGUUGAAAGAAAUCUACGCAGACUUCGUCUAAUUAAGUUCAUUUUUGUUCUGUGCAAAUUAAUGUGUUAAAACCCGAACGCGAAAGUGUGGAACGCCAUUGGCCGAAUCUCAGGUUUAACAGAGUGGCAUGGAUAUGGAAGUCGUCACGAGUCUUCAGUUCGCGCACAGCCGCUUGAGCGGGAGGAUGUACAGUGGUGUUCGUUCCGCAUUGCUGUGAGAGCUUUGAGAAAAAGUUCGAGUUUGAGAGAAUCAGCAUAGUUUUUCGGCAGCAAUUGUGCCUGGAAAAACUUUUUAGUAAUAUCUAUCAUCUAAUACAUGAAUGCGCACCAUGACAUCCCGUGAAUACCUAAUUGUAACGUUAACGAUUGUAUUCGGGAUCCACGCAGUCAAUACGAACGCCAAAUCGUGGGAUUUAGCGGUAACAAUUGGACGAGAAAUCGAAUUUUUUUCUCAAAAUCAAUCGCUAACUAGACGAAUCGAAUUCGAAAAAGCUAGUUCACUGGCUGCAUUCGUCUACGAUGAUUCUACACAGACGCUAUUUCUCUCCGACACAAACAGCACGGUUCCUCUGUUUAGUAGCAACCUGUUGGAGGGAGAUGUCACGACGAAGCCGCUAUAUAAAGGAAAUAGCCAUAUCGUAGGACUUGCCUAUGACGAUAAAACGCGAAAUCUUUUCUGGACUGACACUACACAAGAAGCGAUCAUAAGAAUGCACGUGCCUUUGGACGGACCACCGGGAAAGCCUAUCGUUCUCCACAAAAUAGAGGGCAAGAAUCUGCAUGGUAUCGCUGUGGACCCAUGUAACAGUCACAUAUACUGGGUAAAUAGUGAUAAAACGAACCAGUGCAUAGAACGCUCGAAUUUUGAUGGAACCGAUCGAGUUACUAUUGUUAAAGGAGAUAUGUACAAGCCAUUAGCAAUAGCCAUAGAUCAUGCCGAAGGGAAGCUCUACUGGACCGACGCUAGCAAUGCUGUGCACAGUGAGAUUGAACGCAGCAAUCUUGAUGGUACUGAUCGCGAGCUGGUAAUUCGCGUUGACUAUCAGCAAUUGGUUUACAUCGCCGUAGACCGUGACACGAUAUACUGGUCUGAUUGGGUGCACAGAUGGAUAUGGUCGUUUCCAAAAAAUGGGGAUUCUUCGGGCCUUCCUUCGCAGUUCGUAUCCUACCAUGGGCAAUAUAACAGAAAUGUACAUGGAAUAGUCACACGGUAUAAUGCCGGGAUAGUCUCGGAUUGCAAAGCGCUAGCAAAAGAGAGAGAAAUGAAUAAACUUACGAAGACAGCAGAGUUACGUAACAAUUUACCCAUUAUUACGACGGAAGAGUCGGAAUCUAUUACUGAAAAAUCAAAAUACUGCCUUAACGGGGGAGUCGGGAACGAGACUGAUAAUAGUUGUCACUGCAAGCACAGGUUUACUGGUAAAUAUUGUGAGAUAGACCUCUGUCACAAUUACUGCCUCCAAGGUAGCUGCAGUGUAGAUGAAUACAAUGGAUUACCCAUCUGUAAAUGCAAUGGUACAUUCGUUGGACCAAGAUGCGCAACUGACCCAUGCAAAGACUAUUGUUUGCAUGAUGGUCAGUGCUCCGUCCAAAAUGAAAAACCAGUUUGUAAAUGUAAAUAUUCAGAAGGAUCUCGUUGCGAAGAUCUCAGUAACACAACAAAAGUGUGUGGGAUCUAUUGUGCAAAAACUGAAUCAGUUCCUAAAUAUACUAGUGUAAUUGACUGCAGCAGGUGUGAUGAAGCAAACAAAGCCAGUGCACAAAUGGUUAUAAUGAAGGAACACAAUGAGUACAAAAUAUUAAUCAUUUUUGGCGUACUUACUGCUGUACUUAUAGUUAUAAUAAUCGUACUUAGUUUUUAUGUGAAUAAAUUACGCAGACGACCGGGCAAUCACAGCGAAAAUAUUUUCGAUGCAGAGAACUGCUGCAACAUGAAUAUCUGUGAAACUCCAUGUUUCGAACCAAAGUUAAGUACUGCUGUGCCGGAAAGGAAGGGUAUUAAGAAAGAAGAAAAAAAUUGUUUGCUUGAUAAUAUGGAAAAGUUUGCAUGGUAGCAUCAAGUAAUAAUUCAAUGUGUUAAUUGUCGAAGAUUUUACGGAUUUCAUUUGAAAUUCGUAGAAAUUUUAACCUCGCAGAACGUGACGUUUGUACAUAACACAACGUAUCGUAGUAUUGUUGAAUUUAUUACAGUCAGCAAACGAAAACCAAAGGUCUUCUUGAAGACUCUCAAUUAUGUUAUAUGAUGUAUGAGGUUGUGUUGAUAUAAGGAUUAUUUCAAAUAGCUAUUCAAAAGAAAUUAAUCUUUUUUUUUAAAGAUAUAUUUGUUAUAUUUUUUCAUGAGAAGACAAAGCAAUUAAGAUCCACUGUAUUUCUAAUAACGUGGACAAAUAAUAGGUGUGUGAAGAAACAGAGAAUUCUUAAGUAUUGUAUAUAUACUUUCUAAUUCCCUUAACAGUUUCUUUUUAUAACAUUUACACUCAUCUUGUAAAUGUUUUAACAGUAAUGAAACACGAUUUGAAGCAGAUUGCACUAAAAAUGAAAACUGAUUGCAAUAGAAGGAUACAUGAAAAAAGCUGCCUUAAUUGCUAGACUUUUAAUAAUUGCUCAACGUACUAUUGAGUACAUUCCUAGAGGGUUGUAGAUCACGAGAUUCUAACAAACAUUGUGUUUGUACAAAAUAAUUGGAGAUUUUUUUAUUAAGAUUCAUCGAGCUUAAUAAUUCACACAAUAAAUUGUCAAUCAUUACAUUGCCACCAAAAUAAAUAUUUAUUUUAUUACUUUUCUUAUUUCAUUGAGUACAUUUGCAUUUGUUCUUGUACUUUAUUAUGUAUUAGAUCGAAUUCUAUAUUAUAUAAAAUUAAAUAUACCUAUACAUAAUUUGCUUACAUACAUCAAGAUCAUAAAAAUAUUGUUCAGGCAGACUUAAUACAGCCAUUCAACGUAAUAUAAGUAACAUUAUUUACAAAGGAACUACAGCUAUUUGUAUAAAUCUUGUAUAGCGUUAUUUUAUAUAUACAUACAGGGACGAGCGCUUGUAAGUUAAAGCGACAGUGCAACUCUUGAAUGUAGAAAAAAAUUCAUUGCUACUCAUGAAAGGUCACAAUAUGUGUAGGUUAUGAACUUUUGAAAAUCGGAUAUUUACAACUCGAUUUAAUAAGAUCAUUUACAUGUAUAGCAAACAUUCAUACAUCUAGAAAGUACAAUACGUAUGACGAAGUUUGUUGCAAACUGGAUUGAUUCCUAGUAAUUUCUUAAUUUUCUGGAUUAAGACAUAAACAAUUACAUAUUUAAGCAGAAAUAGCUUCUACAGGGCAACUGAUGAGUUUCAUUCUGAAACUGUCACAUUACAUUAUGUUGUGUAAUCACUUCUUCCAAUACUUAAGUGUCAAACUGUACUUUCUACAGCUCUCUUUAUGUUCUAAACUAAAUAAUCAUUCUAAACAACAACAGCUACUUAGAAUCUAAACCUAAAUUUGUACCAAAGUCACAUGUAAAAUUAUUAACUUUAGCCAUAGUAUAAUUGUUGUUCAUUUGAAAUUAUUAUUUCAGAAUAGUUUUACAGAUUAAAUUUAUAUAACACCAUAUAUUAAUAGUAAAAGCGUUGUAACUGCGCUGAAUGAAAGGCACAGUGAACAAACGGAAGAAGAAACAAAUUGUAGUUAAGUAACGAUGAUGGUGCAAUGGCGUAAUGCAGCUGCAUGUUGUCAUAUACUUAACAUUUGAUAUAAGUUACUAGUUUUUUCGUUUUAACAGACAAACAAUUCAUUAUUUCAUCACUAACUACUGAAUUUCGUAUCUUUCGUUUUCAGUAUGUUAGUCCGAUGAAAUAACGUUCCUAUUGUCUGAAAAGCAAAACAAGUUAAGUACAUGACAAUUAUAUUUUGUUCCUGCGUAUAAUGAAAACUAUUUUGACAGAGGGAAAAUGUUAUUGAUUUUGAAACAUAGUGAUCUUUGCUUUUAGACUUUAGUACACAGUUUUACGUAUAAGAUGUUUGUAUGAUUUGUUAAAUUGCGUAAUAUGUUUGAAUAGAAUGAUACAAGUGAUGUAUGUUAAAUAUUAUAUUUGGAAUGUAAGCAUUUCGCGUGCACUCAUCCCCAGAGACGGGAUAGUGACUUUAUUAGUGAAAUAUUUAUAUUCCCUGGUAUGGAGGAGUUUUUGGAUAGUCCACAAACAACAGAAUGCUAAUAUAUGUAUUUUGUUAUUUUUCUUGUGUUUGUACUUAAUAUAAUGUUGAUAAAUACCGGAAAUUUGAAUCAUUUUAUUGUUCUUAUGAUAUGUAUUGUAGAAACAUACCAAAAAUGUUUAAUAUUUCUUUGUAAAUUUACAGUACUUUCAAUAGUACUUAAGUCUUGAAAAUACAAUGUUUCUUAUUAACAUGAUAAAAGUACUUUACAUCUGAAAUGUUUUGUAUCAUUCUAUUACAGUCAAGAAAAUUAAACAUCAUUGUAUACAGAUGAAAAUAAAAUGAAUUAAAUAUUA